UGCAGAGCUGACCUGAAAUCUUGUCAUGUAAUCAACAUGGAGGUUAAGGUGCUCGUUGCAGUGUCUGUAGUCGCACUUUUUAUCGUGAAAACUUUGAUAACUAAAUUACUGGAUAUGAUGUGCUCUUCCACGUAUUACAARAGAUAUUUUGCAAAAUUGGUCAACGAUAUGACAGAGAAUAAUACCGCCCCUCACGCACCUUUACUUUCCCGUAAGAAAAAGCAGUUUGCAGAAAUUGAGAAACAGCUAGAAGAGCUUCCAGGAGAUAUUUUAGAGAUCGGUGCUGGUUCUGGCGCGUCCUUAAACUUAUUGCGUCUUCCACAAGGCUGUUCUAUGGUUGUUGUGGAUUAUAAUCCUCAUUUUGAGCAGCAUUUUCGUAAAAAGUUGGCCAAACAUCCAGACAUCAAACUCAAARAGUACCUCGUCCAAAGUGCUGCAGACAUGAGCAACAUCCCAGAUGAUUCCUUUAGUACCGUGUUUGUCACAGAUGUACUAUGUUCCAUGGGGGAAGGAACGCUUAGAGCGAUGUUGAAAGAGAUCAAGAGAGUUUUGAAACCGGAUGGCUGCUUUUUUUUCAUGGAGCAUGUCCUGGAAGAACCUGGGAAUUACAGGAGAUAUUUUCAGAAGUUGAUAUGCUGGUUAAACAUUUGGCCAAGACUUUUUGAUGGUUGCCACUGCAACAGAGAAACUGGGAAGUUCAUCCAAGAAGCAGGAUUUAAAAGUGUUACCCUGUCAUACACGUAUGCUCCCCGGCCAAAGAAAAACCACAUUUUUGAUCAAAUGGAAUUGUCAUUUUUCCUGUUCUUUGCAGGAUAUUUUUUGCUAGGACAUGCAAGAAAAUAAAGAGUAAGAAAACACUAAAUACCAAAAGAUAGCAAACUUCCAAAGUUUCUUGCCUUUUAAUGCACUCUGUUAGCUACAUAGUUUUGAUGGAAUUCAUUCCUGGUCAUUUUUUAUUGAAGCCAUCAGAGUAGGAUGCUUAAAGUUUGCCAACAAUUUGUUGUGUAAGCAAUAUACACACUGAAAAUCCAAUGUACAUUACAUAAUAUAUUAUCUUGAUUUACUUUGACAAUAUUUUAGAAAUAAAAGAAAAGAUUAAUUUAUGUAAACACUACCGAUGCUCCAUAAUUAGCCAAUCAGUAAGGUAUCCUGGUUACCUCCCCCUGUACUUCUAUUGUCAGAUGUUUUAUACUAUAAGCUGCAGAGGCUGAGUAACAGGUGAAUGCAGGGGGGCAGGGGGGCUAUUGCACACAAACUCUUCUCAGUAUAUUAAUUUGUCCUCCUUUGAAAUCUUCUCCCUCCCUUUUUAUCCACACUAAGACAGCUCCAUGAAAACUCAAAUAUGGACAACAAUAAA